UGAGAAAAAACCAAGCGAUCGUGAUUCACAACUAAAAAAAAAUCGGCGGAUACGAAAGAUUGAAAAAUUAAGUGCUACUAAAUCCGAAAAAGAACGCGAAUUUGUAACGAAACCGCGGUUUAAUCAAGCAACUGUGGAUUAAGGAGUGUCUUCCCAGCGUGUGUUUGUGUGUGCGCAUGUGUGGUGUGCUUGGGUGAUCGGCGCAUAGGUGGAAAUACACCGAAAAAGAAACGAAAAAAAAAAGCGUACAGCCGACGCGCAGACGCAUCUGAAAAACUGCCGAAAAGUGCGGAAAACGCGAGUGAAAAGUGCGGAAGUUGCCGGGAAAGCGAGUGCCUGUUGCCAAGCUGCAGCUCCAGCGGAUUUAAUAUUGAAAAGCGAUAAAGACAAGCAGCGAAUAUGGGUUGUGCCGUGAGUACAGCACGCGAUAAAGAGGCCAUCGAACGCUCCAAGAACAUCGAUCGGGCGCUGCGAGCGGAGGGCGAGCGGGCCGCCUCGGAAGUGAAACUGCUGCUUUUGGGAGCCGGCGAAUCGGGGAAAUCCACGAUAGUGAAACAAAUGAAGAUCAUCCACGAGACUGGCUACUCGCAGGAGGAGUGCGAGGAGUACCGUCGAGUGGUAUACAGCAACACUGUCCAGAGCCUGAUGGUAAUCAUCCGUGCCAUGGGACGUCUUAAGAUUGAGUUUGCCGAUCCUGGCAGGACGGAUAUUGCCCGCCAGUUCUUCACACACGCCUCCGCUGCGGAUGAGGGCAUCCUGCUACCCGAGAUUGUUCUCCUAAUGAAGAAACUCUGGGCGGAUGGUGGAGUACAGCAGAGUUUCGCCCGUUCUCGUGAAUAUCAGUUGAAUGACUCGGCGGGCUACUACCUCAACUCGCUGGAUCGCAUCGCGCAGCCAAACUAUAUUCCCACCCAGCAGGAUGUGCUCCGUACGCGAGUCAAGACCACUGGCAUUAUUGAGACGCACUUCUCCUGCAAGCAGCUGCACUUUAAACUGUUUGACGUGGGCGGCCAGAGAUCGGAGCGCAAGAAGUGGAUUCAUUGCUUUGAGGGAGUUACAGCCAUCAUCUUUUGUGUAGCACUAUCGGGCUACGAUUUGGUUCUGGCCGAAGAUGAGGAAAUGAAUCGCAUGAUCGAGUCCCUGAAGCUUUUUGAUUCCAUCUGCAACUCCAAGUGGUUUGUGGAAACCUCUAUAAUACUUUUCCUCAACAAGAAGGAUCUGUUCGAGGAGAAGAUCAAGCGAUCUCCAUUGACGAUAUGCUUCCCAGAGUACACAGGUACCAACACCUUCGAGGAGGCGGCCAACUACAUUCGCAUGAAGUUUGAAAAUCUCAACAAGCGAAAAGACCAAAAGGAGAUCUACACGCACCUCACCUGCGCCACGGACACGAACAACGUCAAGUUCGUCUUCGAUGCCGUCACUGAUGUGAUCAUCAAGAACAAUCUGAAACAAAUCGGUUUAUUCUAAGGGGCGGCAAGAGAUCAUCAUUAUUUAGCUUGCGUCGUAUGUAGUAUUAAAGGAAAACACGCGUCAACACAUUUCCAUUACCCGCUAAGGAACUCGAUACACUUACGCUCUAUUUACAUACAAAUUCGUAAUUGUAUGCUCCAUAUAUAUAC